UCUAAAGUAUAUAAUAAAAGUAAAAAUCGCAGGCAGUCGACAGUCUCAAACAAUCGACGAAAUAUAACGUAACAUAAUGGCUAACAAAAAGAAGAAGAGCAGUGCUUUGGAUGUGAAGGAAUCAUUGGAGGCGGUAAAAUUUAUUGAGAAAUAUGCAAUAGACGUAUGGAUCGACUUGGAGAAACUCAAAAAAUUUGCAAAUUCGAUAAUAAGGUUUUUGACCGAAAAUAAAAUAAAUCAAAUGAAAAAACUCUUAAAUACUUCCUUCCGUCCGAAACACUAUCCGAAUUUCACUAAAGAAACGGUGGAUUGGCUGUUCGUGUUUCAUACAUUGAAUUUUUCACUCUUCUAUCCACAAGGCAUUAAGCAAUGGCGAGCUGGUGAUAAAGAUGGAUUUUAUGCAUUAAGUUUUGCUAUCAAACGAGCUAUAGAUAACGAAAAGCCUUUAUGGGAUCCCAAAUAUUACUCAAAACUGACACUAAAUGAGUUGGAAGAUAUUUUCCGCAGUGACGAUGGCGAAACUACCAUUCCACUUCUAAACGAACGACUUACGGCUUUACAUCAGAUUGGAAACGUUUUACUCGAAAAAUAUAAAGGCACUUUUAAAAACUGUAUUAAAUCAGCGGAAUAUAAUUCAGACAAAUUGAUAAAAUUACUUUUCGAUGAAUUUGAACCAUAUCGAGACGAAGCAAAAUACAGAAAUAAAACAGUUCGUUUGUAUACCAAAGCUAAUUCACUAGUGAGCGACAUAUGGGCAUGCUAUAAAAAAAAGAAUAGGUUUCAUCUAAAUAAAGAAAAUAUGAUGUCUACGAUGUUUAUUGACUAUCGUAGUCCUAUAGUACUCUUUUAUUUUAAAGUUCUUACGUAUGGUAAUAAGCGCCUGCAGAAAUUCAAAAAUAACGAUCAACCACUUAAACAUGGAGACGCAGAAGAACUUGAGUUACGCGCUUGCUCUCUUCUCGCAGUUAAUAAAAUAUUAAAACAGAUUGAAAAAGAAUGGCGUAACAAGUAUCCAGAAUAUAAUCGUCAAAACAUAUUGCUUCUGAUUGACAAUUACUUGCUUAUGAAUAUAGCUUAUCGUUUUGAUAAAUAUGUUUGUGACCAGCAUCCAUUGCGUUAUAUUGAAUCUGUGUACUAUUAGGAAUAUAAAAAUAUAAUGUAAUAUCUUUUCUUGAUAAUUGUGUUGUGAUACUUAUAUGACAUUUAUAUAUUAUCGA